AUGGAUAGGUCAUUUUCGCGGCUUCCAAUAUCGGAAAUGCCCCCUAAAUCGCCUAAAUUUCUGGCAGAAGUUCGUGCUACAAGUGAAAUCAUCGAACAAAUUUUUUUAGUCACGUCUAAACAAGAGUCCACAAGUGGUCAUCCAUCGGUGCUUUUUGGGAACGACUUAACGAAUGCCGAUGGAUAUUUUACAAUUGACACCCUUGAUCAGCUUCUGUUUGAACGAUCUCAAAUGAGAAGUAUUCCAGUGGAGCGCAUUUGUCCUAACUCUUCUCCUCCAUCCGAUCCCGCCUUCCAACUGGAUCCUAUCACCUAUCUUUUUGAAAGCUUUCGUCGUUCCCUAACCUUUGUUGAUUCCAAACAAGAAUUUAAUAUGCGAAUCGCAAAGGCUUGUCAAACUCAAAUCUUUAGGCAGGCAUCACUUUGUCUACUUCUGGAUACCGAAAUGGAAGUAGAAACUGCAGCUCAAAGUCUACUCACUCUCCUCAUAGCUUAUACACAUCCGCACUCUGAUCCGGAUAACGUUGUCGCCAUUGAUACAUUUCUUCUUGGAAUCACGACUGUUCAGGAUGAUGAAAGUCUUACUGUACCUAUUAGACCUCUCGUAAGAAAUCUGUUAAAGACAUUACGAGAGUUGGGUGAGGACCCGCGAGAUUCCGCAACAAACGUUUCCAACGAUCCACUUCAGCAACUUCUGCGUCGGCUUACGCGACGCGACACUCUUGCUCACCCCGGCAGAAAGGCUCGUCUCCUCUUUCAGACCGACAGGAAUGGCCUUCUCAAUGUCUGCAUUCUUUUAGCAAAAUAUCCUGUGACUGCGAAACUGCUGUUGGAGUUUUCAUUUCCGGAAACUGAUAGUGCCUCAGAGCAAGGCUGGAGGUACGAGGACGGCCUCUUGGGCCUCCUAUUGAUACCAAGUCCUCUCCUUCCCCUCCAAUCUAUUCAGACCUCCCUUCUUGAGUCUAAUACUGGUGGAAACACUUGGGCUGGUGAAUUCUUCACAGACCAGGUUCCCAUCAAACCGUCUGUGGAUGCAGACAAGUCUACUAUCUGGCAGCUUACCACGGAGUUGGACAAGAACCUGACAUUGCUAUUCAAGAACCUCCUUCGCACCAGCAAACAAAGCGAGGCAGUGAAGGAAUCCUUUUUCAGAUGGCUCGGUUCCUGCCUUCAUGCCAAUCGGACACGCAAACAGUUAGCCAAUACUCUCGGAAGUGGUGGUGCCGACGAUCUCCGAAGACAGGAACAGCAGUUCGAGUUAGCCAGCGAUGGCUUUCUCAACAACCUUGCUAGUGUUAUGGUGUGCCUCUGUCAGCCCCUUCUCACUCCUCCUGCUGCCGCUGUGGGUGCCCUCUUUCAGCCCAAGUCACCGCUUAGCCUUGUCAGGCCCGCCUUUGUGGUGUCGCAAAAAGCUAAGAUUAUUUUGCCUGAAUUGGGAGAAGAAACUAGGCUGAAUCGGCAGCACUCUGGCGAUGUGCUGGCGGAGGAAGAAAGCGAUGCUUUCCCCCUCCUCACUGAUCUCUUCUUCUUGGCGCACACAGCUCUUCGACUGGCUUUUCCAACGUUGCUGGCGCUGCACUUUGAAACCAAUCGACAGCUGCACCAGUGGGAGCAGGAGGCUAAUCUGCGCUCGUCUAAUGGCGAGUCAGCUGCUUUCAUGGUAGGCUCUCUACUGGGCUCUCCUAACUCCUCUCAGGAUGAUCGUUUCAUUCAGUAUUGUCUGCGGGAGCGCACCUCACGUUUCCUCGAGCAGACAGCAGUGCUGAGUUGUCCCAGUCGACUACACGAUUACUUGGCCUUCGCUGCGACUACGUGCCGUCUGCUAGUCGAUUUGGCAAGUCGGGACUCCGCCGACCUCUCCCUUUUACCUGAAUUCCUCGUGGACAAUGUUGUGGAGAUUGUUGGCUAUCUCCGACGUCUCAAUGAUGACUUUAUUGAGUCUUCUGAAGCCGCUGACGUGGCCCUGGAGCCGCUACUCGAGUUCUCGAUCGUUUUUAUGCAUCAUCCUUUCGCUCUGACCAAUCCCCAUUUGAGGGCGCGUCUAGCCGAAAUCCUGGAGGCUCUUAUUCCCUUCCGUGAUGAUGAGGAGUGGAAUAGCAGACCUGUUGGCUCAAACCUCUUCACAGCGUCCGGUUUGCGAUUCAUUCGGCGUGAGGAGCUUAUGAAAAGCGCUGGUGCGGCAUGUCUAAAGGAUGCCAUAGCUGCCCUCCUGACGGCCUUCGUGGCGAUCGAGUUGUCACCUGGGACGGAUGCGACCACAUCGACGCUGGACAGCGUCACCAGUGCGGUGGAGAGUUCCAACGUCGAAACUAGCCGGCAAGAGAUGGUGCAGACGGCGGCCGUUAGUUUCGAAGAGAAGUUCCACUAUCGCCGGCCCAUGUACGCCUGUCUGCGCUUCUGGUACGGUAAAGCUGACUACGACAUCCAAUUCAAGCACCUUGAGGACCUUGCUGUGGAGCAUAUCGAUGACGCACGCCCUCCCCUACUAUUGCAAUUUCUCUCACUCCUCAUUAACGAUGCCACCUUCCUGCUAGACGAAGCUAUCGGAUUCUUGGCGCAGUUAAAGCAGAAGGAGCGACAGAGAGAGGUGGAGGGUGGACGUUUUGCUAACCGAGAGGAGGAGAGCAUGUUUCAGCACAUGAGUCGCUUGGCACGUUACCACAUUAGCCUGGGAUUGGACAACAUCUCAGCGCUGCGUCGUGUCAUCUCCCUCUGUCCCCGCCUAGUCACUCAUCCCAUUCUUGUAGAUCGCAUCGCUUGCAUGCUCAAUUACUUCCUCUCUCGCCUUGUUGGUCCGAAAAGUCGUGAGUUGAUUGUUCGGGACAAAUCUACGUAUGGCUUUAGACCGGAGCUCUUUGUGGAGGAGAUAUGUCGAGUCUACGUGAAUCUGGGUUUGGAUAGGGCUGGUGUGAAUAACAGCACUACAGUAAUGGCGUUUCUAAGAGCAGUUGUGAGCGAUGGUCGUUCCUACACACCGGAUUUAUUGGAUCAGGCUCUUCGUGUGCUGCAUCGUGUCGCUACAGACACACAGUUCGUAAAUCAGUUCAGCUGUGUUGCGAAAGCCCUUCAAGCCGAACAAGUGGCAGUGACAGAGGACGCAUUGGGUUUCGAGGAUGCACCUGAUGAUUUCUGUGAUCCAAUUAUGGGUGAAUUGAUGGAGGAUCCAGUACGGCUGCCGACAUCGAACAAGAUUGUCGACAGAAAAACCAUCUACAGACAUUUACUUAGUGACGCAAAGGACCCCUUCAAUCGGCAGCCAUUGGAAAUGUCAAUGGUGAUACCAGAGACGGAGUUGAAAGCCAAGAUCCAGGCCUGGGUGGCAGCGAAGCGCGCCGAAAGGAAGUAG